UCUACAGCUCGCGUUACAUUAUUCCACAAUUCAUAGCAUUUCAGUGCCGUUUUACUUUUUUGCUUAUGCGCGAGGCCUUCCGCGAAAAUGGAUUAAAGUGUGGUUUAUUUCGUAUGUCACGUGCCGACAUGGGCAUUUAUAGCCGCCUACAUUUUUACAUUACGAACCGAUGUGGUUAUUCUAGCCCGGAUGCCACUUCUUAGAAAGUACCGUCAGAUUACCCGGUGAGGCGGGUGACCACGUUCGAUGCCGUUGGAUCAUGUCCUAUGUGUCUUCACAAGAUGGAAGGUGUGUGUCUCCGUGUUCCCGGCCUCACACUCCUCUGAAUGGCCACGCCCACGACUCCCCCGGCUGGAGCCGCCCGCUCCGCGUCCGAGACGGAGACCAGUUCUACAUGCUGGACCAAGAAGAGGUUCAUCCUCUGCUUAUGAGCGAUCGGCGCCCUGUCUCCCAGCGCACCAAGUUGCUCCGCAGGACUGUGUCUGUGCCUGCCGAUAGCAGACCCCAUCCUGAGUCAGAGCACGCUCGUGCUCGUAGAAAGAGCUUUGCCACAGUGAGGCAGAGAAGCAUGGAAACCCCUCCCACUGCUCCUCCACAGCCAUUCCGUCAGUCCAGUUUUCUUAGCCGCCGUCUGAAAAGCUCAAUUAAGCGAGCAAAGAGCCAGCCCAAACUUGAUCGUACCGGAAGCUUCCGCCACAUGAUUCUCCCACGAUUUCGCAGUGCUGACCAGGAGAGAACGCGUCUGAUGCAGAGCUUUAAGGAGUCUCACUCCCAUGAGUCUUUGCUGUCCCCGAGCAGUGCAGCUGAGGCACUGGAUCUCACGCUGGACGAGGACGCCAUCAUCAAACCCGUCCACUCCAGCAUCCUCGGCCAGGAGUACUGCUUUGAGGUGACAACAGCCUCAGGCACAAAGUGUUUUGCCUGCCGUUCGGCUGCCGAGAGGGACAAGUGGAUCGAGAACCUGCAGCGUGCGGUUAAACCCAACAAGGAUAACAGUCGCCGGGUGGACAAUGUACUUAAGUUGUGGAUCAUCGAAGCACGGGACCUGCCGCCUAAGAAGCGCUAUUACUGCGAACUAUGUCUGGACGACAUGCUAUACGCGCGCACCACCAGCAAGCCUCGCACCGAUACCGUCUUCUGGGGCGAGCACUUCGAGUUCAACAACCUCCCCGCCAUCCGCAGCCUACGACUGCACCUCUACAAGGAGACAGACAAGAAAAGACGCAAGGAGAAGAGCACGUAUCUGGGCUUGGUCAGCAUUCCUAUCUCCAGCAUCACGGGUCGACAGUUUGUGGAGCAGUGGUACCCCGUGAUCCAGCCCAGCGUCCUUGCCAAGGGUGGAGGUGUGGGCAGUGGCAAGGUCAUCAAUGCUUCACUGCGGCUGAAGUCACGCUACCAGACCAUGAGUAUCCUGCCCAUGGAGCUGUAUAAGGAGUUUGCGGAGUACGUGACGAAUAACUACCGUACACUGUGCUCUGUUUUGGAGCCACUCCUGAGCGUGAAAAGCAAGGAGGAGGUAGCCUGUGCCCUGGUGCACAUUCUGCAGAGCACCGGCAAGGCCAAGGAUUUUCUGUCAGAUAUGGCGUUGGCCGAAGUGGAUCGCUUUAUAGACCGUGAGCAUCUGAUCUUCAGGGAGAACACACUGGCCACCAAAGCCAUAGAGGAGUACCUCAAACUUGUUGGACACCGAUACCUUAAAGACACUAUUGGGGAGUUUAUUCGGGCGCUGUACGAGUCAGAGGAGAACUGCGAAGUGGACCCCAUGCGAACUCCACCCUCAAUGCUUCCAGACCAUCAGGCAAACCUACGCAUGUGCAGCGAACUUGCACUUUGCAAGAUCAUCAACUCCCAUUGUGUGUUUCCACGGGAGCUAAAGGAAGUGUUUGCAUCGUGGCGCGUGCGAUGUGCUGAAAGAGGUCGUGAGGAUAUUGCAGACAGGCUCAUCAGCUCCUCGCUCUUCCUGCGUUUCCUGUGCCCAGCCAUCAUGUCUCCGUCGCUGUUUAACCUGACGCAGGAGUACCCGUCUGAGCGCACAUCCCGCACCCUCACGCUCAUCGCCAAGGUGGUGCAGAGCCUGGCCAGCUUCUCCAAGUUUAGUGGUAAGGAGGAACACAUGAUGUUUAUGAAUGAGUUUCUGGAGAUGGAGUGGGGUUCCAUGCAGCAGUUCCUCUACGAGGUCAGUAACGUGGAGUGUGGUGGAAACGCCGGCGCCUUCGAGGGCUACAUUGACCUGGGCCGAGAGCUCUCUGUCCUCCACAGCCUUCUCUGGGAGGUCAUGGCUCAGCUGAGCAAGGAGGCGAUUCUGAAGCUGGGGCCGUUGCCACGGUUGCUGAAUGACAUCAGUGUGGCCUUGCGUAACCCCCAGCUGCACCGGCAAGCCAGCCACCAACCGCCUGAGCGGCACCUCGGCCGGCCCCCUUUCAGCCGCCCUUCCACCAAUGACUUCCAGAGCCUGAUGAUGAGGGAGAUGAACAGUUCUAUAGAUAUCUCCCGCCUGCCUUCUCCCACGGCUGGUAUGUCUGGGGGCGGAGCUCUCUCCCAUCCGGGUAUGGCUGCCUUUGAGAGAGAUCACCGUGGCAACAAAGAUGUGUUCUACGUGACACGCCCACCCCUAGCCCGCUCAAGCCCCGCCUACUGCACAAGCAGCUCUGACAUCACUGAACCAGAUCCUAAGGUGCUGAGUGUGAAUAAGAGUGUGUCUAUGAUGGACCUGCAGGACUCACGCAUCAACAGCAUCUCCAACCUGCACUCCGUCAACGACAUGCUCAACUCCUCGCAGGGCUCCAUCGCCGGCCUGGGCAGCUUCGGCCCACUAGGUGGCGCACCUCUGCGCGUGGGCGGGCGUGUCUCCGCCGGCUCGGGCGGCUCCAGCAUGUCGGGCGGUCUUCGUCUGGCCCACGGGGGUGGCCUGGCCCCAGAUUCGCUCUCCCAGCAACAGCAGCAGGUGGCAGCAGCCAUGCACGUGCCGCUCUCCUUCCAGAACCCACUGUUCCAUCUGGCGUCGGACGGGCCACAGUACCACACCCCGCCCCACGGACCGCCCCAUGCCGCGCCCCCGCCGCUUCUCCUGGCUCCGGAGCCCGAGAACGGGCACGUGGGCUUCGGCAUGCCGGCCUUCGGCCACGGCGGCUUCUCCCGCAGUGAGGACCUGUCGGCUUUGCGCUCACAGAACAGCCUGGUGCAGCCCAGCAUCGUCCACUCACACAGCUACAGCGAUGACUUCACACGCCACAACCAGGCUGACUACACCCGCAGACAGCUCUCGCUGCAGGUGCAGGAGAAUCUGCAGCAGCAGGUGUUGAUGGGAAUGGCCCCUCAGACCGCUACAGGCACUGGUACACCCCGCCUCAGUUGCCACGCCCCAACCACCAUGCACCCUGUUCCGUCAGGCUCUAUGGCCCCGCCCCCAUCCCAACGUCCUAAGCCUCAGCCCUCCCACCAGCUGUCAGUGAGCUCAGCUGCAAACUCCACCCCACCCAAGGCUCGGCCUCAGAGUGGGAACCUCCUCCAGUCACCUGAGUCCAGUUUUGGGGCGAGGCCGUUACCAAGGCAACAGCUGUUGGUGAAGGACAGCCCUGCCCCUGGCCUCCCACAUCAGUCCAGCACAGCCAAUGACAGCCAGCCACCACAAGGGGGCCCUAGUGAGAACACUGAGAAUGCAUCAAGUGACACACCCGCCAAACCUGCUGUACAAACCAACCAACAGCAUCUGCUGAAGCCAACUACUAACAAACAGGGCUCAAAGUCUCCCUCUACACUGAACCCAGCAUCGGCGUCGGAGAGGACGGUGGCCUGGGUGUCCAACAUGCCGCACCUGUCUGCAGACAUCGAGAGUCUACGCGUGGACAGAGAGGAUCUGAAACUGAAGGAGCACUCCAAGAGCAUGGACGAGGUCUCGGCUGGAACCGGGGUGCGCGAGUAUGAGGAGGAGAUCCACUCGCUGAAGGAGAGGCUGAUGAUGUCCCACCGCAAGCUGGAGGAGUACGAGCGGCGCCUGCACACACAGGAGCAGAGACCAACAAGAUUCCUGCUGCAGUACCAGAGCCGGCUGACGGACAGCGAGAGGAGGCUCAGGCAGCAACAGCUGGAGAAGGACUCGCAGAUCCAGGGCAUCAUCAGCAGGCUGAUGGCGGUGGAGGAUGAGUUGAGAGGGAGUGGCGUUCCUGACAUUAAAUCCCGAAUAUUUACAGGAGAGCCAAUCUACGGUGGUCACACUGGAACAUGAUUGACCACAGCACGAAACAGGACAUGUGAUUGGCCCAGCGUCAGUCCAGGAACCUCUCCUGUGUCUGAUUGGCUGAGAGAGGAGAGAGAGGAAGAGCCUGAGAAAAGCAUCGUUUUUUACCCAUCAUACUGCAGCCCAAUGCCCACCUACAAACACACACACACACACACACACACACACAAAUAUGCCAUUCUACAACUCUUUCUACAAUUCUACAAUUCUUUCCCACUUUUUCUCUCAAGAGAUUGAGCCAAAAUAAUGACAAUCACCUUUUUUGUAUGUAGUGGUAUAACAAAUUAGCAACUGGCUGCAGUUUACCGCUAUUGUACCUGUGUAAGACCAGCUCUGGCCUCUGAGCUCUGGUCUUUAGUACAAAGAAAAAACUGCAUACAGAGAGACAGUACUAAGGAUUCAAACACGUCACCUUUCUUUCCUUAGUAUAUCUCACACACUUUCUUUUUCACUCACAAUCUCUCUCUCUCUCUCCCUCUCUCUCUCUCUCUCUCUCAGCAGGAGUCUUUGUUGUUCACAGCAUGGUGGUUGUUGAGGCUUUGUGUUGGUCUAUGUGUGUGCGGUUAUGGUCUGUAUUAUGGUUAUGGACUUCAUAACCCACAAGCCUCCUAAUAAUGACUCAAUAACACUUCAUUUUUUUCUUUAAACAAGCCUUUUCAAACUUUUUAAGGAGGUGUGGUCUUUUCUGAGCCAAUCAGAUGUUGCCAUACUGCUCAGAAGCCCCUUCCUGUGCCGCCAGGGGGCGAUGCCUCUUCUCUGUGCCUAAAGAGCUCUAUACAAAACAGGGGGAACAAAACAAACUUUAUUGACAGGAGCACACAGGACACUUCUCUUUUUGACACUUUGGAGUUUCUUUACGCUCCAGAAGGAAGCAGAAUGAUGUUUAAUAUUGUCUAUGUUUGGACUUGCUGCUUUUGUGGACUUCAAGGACCCUUCUCUUCUCAUCCACUUGACUGGACAGCAACACUGCAAGCAAAGAAACAGUGCAAUCGCGUGUGCGCACGCACGUGCCAGAACCAUCGCAAAAAGGUGUUACUAGCAGAGAGGAAUCCGCUCGGCUCCCUUGAGCGAGCAGGUGUGUGUGUGUGUGUGUGUGUGUGUGUGUGUGUGUGUGGCUCACAGCUUUCAUCUGCAUACCAGUGAUUGGACAUACUCUGUGUACAGAUGAUCGUGUGCAUCGAUAUGGGCAUACGAAUGGAUUUGUUGAUUUUCUUUCGUGAGUAUGGGUAUGCGUGUGUGAGGGUGAGGAAGAGGGUGAGGGAGAAACGGAGGGGAGAGAGAGAGCGUGAUGGAAUAGGGAUACGAUCAGGUGGGAAGCACCACGAUAAACACGGUUUUAGGUUACAUCAGCUAAUGACAGGGGCUCUCCUUGGAAGGAACCAGCAGUAGAGAGACUAAUACCCACUUUUAUGAUGAGUAUUUAUAACCCUAGUUCUAGUAUCUAUACCACUAUACAACUAUAGCCCAUCUUUACUUCGUUAAUGUUAGACUUUAUUUAUGCACAAAAUAUACCCAUUGCCAACGUCGUGUACCGUGACGCUGUACUAUAAUACUCUCCGUAGCAUGGAGAGACAGACAGACACACACACACGACGCACACACUCCUACACACUGAUCAAAGAAGAAAGUAGUAGCAGCAUUAAUCGAGCAGUUUCAUACCUCAUCAGGUCCUGCUGUUUUCUUUCCUUUAGGCGCACACUGCAUUAGGAGAUGUUCACUUUCCCAUGCUGGCUGAUCGGGGAGGGGGUGUUUGAGGCUGGUAGCUGAUGUCUGCUCUGAGCUUUUGUUGGCUUUGUGUGUACAUAGAGCUGAGGACUUUGGAUUAGAGACCUGUUGAUUUAUACAAUUUUAUUCAUUUUACCAAGUCCUAUGGUUUUUCUGAUUCUUCCUCGAUGUUCAGUAGAUUACACAUAUACACCAUUAGUUUUGCUGGUAGGUUUUGGUCAGUUGCUUUUUUAAAUUUUUUUUAAAUUUUUUAAUUUUUUUUGCUGUGGUGAAAGUAUUGAUAUUUAUUUUGUCUGCACUUCAGUUAAUAUAUAUGAAAAAAGGAAAAAAAAAUCUAACUGAAUGGUUCCCCGUGCCAAAAUGUGCUGGUUCUAAAACUUUCCACCUUAUGGGUUGUUGAGUGACAACAAACCGGACCUCCUUGCUUGUUGCCAUGGCACUCUCUGUGCACGAGCAGCGAUUCUGAUUAAGGUGAAGAAUAGAUCAGUCAGUAAUAAAUUCUUCUCAAUACAAAGCAGAACCUUCCGAUAUCCUAGUCACCUUUUGUGUAUAAAAGUCCUCUUAAGAAAGAUCGUAGUAGUGCACUGUUUCUCCUAUUGUGUAGCGCUAUAUUUAUUAUUUACGGUCAUGAGAGUUUGUAUCUAAUCUUAAGAAUGAUACGUCCCCACAGUGGGAUCCUACCCUUAAAUUUAGCCAUAGUCAUGGACAAGCCAUACAGACCCUGUCCUUCUGCGAGGCUUUAGGAGUGUAGGAAUGUACAUAUCUAUACAGAACCGCGAGAACGCUUAAAAAAAUGAAGGAAAGAUUCCGUGUUUAAAAUGUGAGACACCUCAGCAUAUGGAGAAAUGUUGUGAAUGUUAAUAUUAUUAAGAAGACAAUUAUUAUAUCAAAAUAUGAUUAUUAUUAUUGUAAUUAUCAUGACUUUCAUUUUAUUGAUAUAAUUGAUCAGCAAUUUUUCUUUUUGUGAAUAUGAGUUUACAUUAUUCCAGAAGUUUAAAUAAUUGGACAAAUUAAUAAAUAGAUAUAUGCUAAGAUAAAAUAUUCUUUAAUGGUGUUUUUAUUUCAUUUCAAUUUGCAUAGUACAACUUAGUUUUGAAACAGUUUAGCUUUCCAGGCUUCAAAUCUGCAUCAGUGUUGCUAGGUCUGUUAUGUAGCUAGGUUUGGUUUGCCUGUGAGACUGUUGUUAAGGUGAUAUACACAAUGUACCUUCAUUACAUUGGUAUUCAAACUUUUAUUCAGUUUUGUGAAGCUGCUGCCUCUUCUUCCUUUAAAAGCAACUUCAAAACCCUGAAGUACAUUUCAUAAUAAAAGACCCCGAGCUGUUAUUAACAUAAAACAUCUAAAAUGUGGAAUAUAAAUAAAUUACAGGAUGUCAUAUAAAUUAAUACCACACAUCCAUGUAACCUUGAGAGACUUUUGUGGCUAAAUUUUAAAACAUGUGAUAAUAGGUUAAUGCUUAAUGCAUAAUGUGAAAAGAACUCAAGAGGCAUGACCUGUAAGUAACCUGUAUGUAUGAGGUAAAAUGAUGCAAGUACAUAAAAACAGAGAGACUUUUAUCCAAGCAGGUGUAUCGUCCAGUAAGUUAUAUGUCCUACAUGCAUUCAGGCAUCGCCUGGUUAGGUUGAUUUGUGCCAUCACGGGUAUCUGUGAUAUAUCUACAAAUAUGAUGUUAAAACCUGGUCAUUUGCUUCCUUCAGUAUCUUACAUCUUAUCACACACCAUUAACAUUUUUACAAACAAAUGCAUUGCAUAUGACAUCACUUUGUAUCUUCGUCAUGCCAAGAGCUCCGAUUUCAAUCCUGACAUUUAAGCUGGGAGCUAUGAUCUAUGAGACCAGAGAUACCAGAUUAGAGAAGACCUUCAGUUUUAAAGCAGUAGAGGUUCUCUGCCAGGACUGUCUCAGGAAAACUCUAAAUUUAAAAACUAAUUUUCACCCAGUUAAUAACAUACUAGGUAUUCAUAAACCUUAUUAACCUAAUAAAAGCAAAGUUAGUUUAAUCAAGUUUUACACACAACUCCUUUUGGUUGUCAAUGUACAUGAAUAUGUGAGCUAGGAUAUAAUAGUAACUGAUUGAUAAAAGAUAAAUAACUGAUCAAUAAACCAGCAAUAUUGGUGCCGCAGUCAAGAUUAGUUCCUUCACAAACUGGAUUACUUCCAAACAGUUAAACAUAAGUCAGACAAAGAAAAUCAUACAUAUAUUUCAAAUACAAUCAACAUGAAUGAAAAGGUUAACAAAAAAAAUUAUCUCCCUAAGAACUGAGAUGUUUGAGUAUUUCAGGUGUUUGGGCUGAUCUUCUGCACACAGACAAAACCUAGACAUUUGCAGAUACCGAUUUUCUGCAGGGGACUCCUGACUGGCAGUGGGAUUUAGUUGAAGAUUGGGUUCCCUCUGUGCCAGGAAAAGCAGCAUACUUUCAUCAAGUACACGUCUGCUGAAGUCAGAUGUACAUAAAAAUAGCCACAUCAUUUCCACUUAACACCACUCGGCGCUGAGUUCAUCCCCAGACAAUGCCGCUAAUGUUUCGGACAGAUCCAGACAGAGAGCUGGACCAUGGCAGUUUGUUUAAACAGGCUAAUUUUGCGAAGCCUCACCCAAGUCUAGAAAACCAGGCUUUAGUGUUUAUAGCACUGCAUUCUCACCACAUGAACGCCUGUGUUCCAGUAUGACUCGUCCAUGUAGUGGGGUGAAACAUGCACUAUUUUGGUAAACACUCGCGUUUACCUUUGAGUUCACAUGAAAUCCCAUAAUUAUUGACUACACACAGACUACUCUACGCCUGCAAACUACUACACCCAUAGAGGCAACUCAAUACCUAUAAACCUUACACACACACACAGUUUACCUUUUAGUUCACAUGAAAUCCCAUAAUUAUCAUCGACCCAACUACUCCACCCCUACUGCACCCCAUGUAGGCAACUCAAUGCCUACAGACUACACCCAUGCAGACUACUACACGCACACAACACCUACAAACUACAUCUAUACAGGCAACACAAUACCUACAGACUACACCCGUGCAGACUACGCCACCCAUGCAGACUCCUAAACACGCACCUUCAGAUACACACUAUGCCUCAUCUAGACAGACAAACUGAAGAGGGUUCAACUCAGACAUGCAGGCAAGUCAAGUCUGCCAGACAACAUCCUAUUUAAUGAAUACAGUGCAGUAGAAUUAUGGCACUUCAUCCCACACAUACUCACAUCUGCUCAGUACAUAUCAGAUGUGAUAUUGCUAGGGUGCUUCUUGAAUAAUUAAGUAGUCCUAUUCUUGUUUUGUGUUAUAUGUUUGCUGUUCUGUAAACAUCUCCUUGUAGAACUUCCCUGCAUAAAAAGUUCAAUAAAAACUAGAAAGCUAAAAAUAAAUGUUAGAAAUCCUUGGCCAAUUCUAAUCAACAGAAUGAAGAAAAGCCCUUCACAUAUAGACUUCACCACUCAGUGUUUGGAGAUGAGUCAAAAACCAGCUAUUGUGAAAUUAAACUUCUAUUUGUGUGUG